AUGGCAGACUACAACAAUCGUCAGCAACAUGAUACACCUGUGAAAGCUAAGGUCUGGGGUGCUAUUGAGUACUUAGAGGCUAAGGAAAUCCCUCACUACAAGGAGGAUGUGUUUCAGCACUUCAAAGUCAGCCAUUGUCAGGGAUGGGCUAUGAUAUCAGACAACAGCAUUGAUAGGCGUCACCACCAUACUGAGGGACCUGAGCACAGAGGCAGGCCUUCAGUUAAAUCAAAUUAUUACCUACGUCACUAUCCUCUGACUCCUGAAAAAGCAAAGGUUGACAGCAUAUUCACCUCGACAGCAACUGGGGAUGGGGGGAUAAUUUGGGUGGGAUGGCACCACUAUAAACUGCUGGAUGCCCUCACCGGCUCCUGUGAGUGUCACUGUGUAGUUCUGGCCAGUAGGGAAGAUGUCCGAAUUCGGAGGGGAAUCGGAACUACCCUUGUCCAGGUGACAAGGAUGCAGUUUGCAACCGAAAAGGAGCGGUGUGCGGCAACCUGUAGGAAUCACACCACUAUCGGGGUGCUUUCGGUCGUAGGCGUUACACCUACACAACGCUCAGAAAGAUGA